AUGCACCCUGGGGCCCCUGCAGUCCCUGUGGUCUCUGAGCCUGGCCCCCAGGAGCUAUGUGCCUUUGUGAGUGGGGCAGCCACCCACAUGCUGCGGGCCCUGCAGCCCCGGCGCCUGCGUCCCCCCAAGAGGAGGCCCAACCACAGGCGGUUUCUGCACAACCAGAUCUGCAGGCAGUUCACCAAGAUCGAGGCUGCAACCCAGCGCCUGGCCUUGUCCAUCCUGUCCCAGGAGGCACCUCCCGAGAGACGGCCAUUCCGAAAGCCGCCACCACCACCACCGUCCCCUUUCCUAGGGGUUGCCUGUGCUGUGGCCCCCACCAAGGCACCCCAUGCCAGUGCCAGCCUGAGCCUUGCUGCCCUGGAAACCUCCACCCUCGACCUCUUUGAUGACAUUGUGCCCUCCCCAGAGUGCUCCUCCAUGCCAUCUGACCCCUCUUUGUAUCCUCUGCUCACUGGUGCACCCCUGCUGUCAUUGGAUCUGUCCUAUCUUGCUCUGGACCAGCCAGACCUGAGGCAGGUCCCACAAUGCUACAAUCCCCUGCCCCUUGCCCAGCAUGCCCUGGGGGGAGGGACAGGGCUCCUGGCUCACAACUGGGGCUGGGGGGACAGGCAGGACCUACCUUGUGCCUGGGAUUCCCAGGGGAUCCCUGAGGGCUGGGGGCUGUACUCCCUGUGAUGCCCAACCACAAUGCCACCUAGACCCCAGACCAGAGCCCCCCCCCCCCGCCAUGAUGGCUCUUCAGCACACUCCCAGAGAAUCUCCUGACCCUUUCUGCAGCCCCUGAGAAAAUAAACCAAGCCCAGACCCCCACUGCAGACCACUGCCUGAGGGGUCUCCUCCUAAGGCCAGGGCCCUCACCUCUGCCUCUUCUGGCACCCCUCACUCUUGGACCCCUGGCUGGUCUUCAUCCAUUUAUUCCCAAAGAUUAUUGACCACUUAUAAUGGGCCAGGCCUAAGGGAGUUGUCAACAGUGGACAAGGCAGACAAGAUUCCUGCCUCAUGGAGCUCAUGUGUGCAUGU